ACACACACACACACACACCACACACACACACACAUAUACACAUACACAACACACUCUCACACACACUUCAGAUCACCUGCGGAUGGAUUUUUAAAACGCGAAUCAAGCGGAGGCAGACGGACAUGGAUCAGCUGUUUGAGGGACUUUUUUAACCUUUUAAUCCGAAUGGCACUUACCAGUCGCCGUGGAACAUGUGGAUUACUACCGUUUAAACCGCGAACGUGAAGAGGACACGGAGAUUUUGGCAGGUGAACCCGAUUAACUGUCCGAUAAUCAAAGUAACGGAGUACUGAAGUGCAAUUUUGAAGGACUUAUACUUUACAUUUUCUCGUUCUACUCCUCUACAGUUCAGAGUUAACCGGGAUAAAUAAUUCAGCUGUGGUGGAAGUGGACUCCCUGCUGGUUCUGGAGGAUGGCGGGCUGGAAUCAGGGCGCCGCUCUCCCACUGGUUCUGAUGGUUCUGCUUGACCUUCAGCGGGUCGCCGGACGAUCGCCCCACGAAACGCAGAAGAACAUCACGCUGGCCGUCAUCUUGCCCCAGAACAACACAAACUACCCGUGGGCAUGGCCUCGCGUCGGGCCCGCCCUGGAGCGAGCCGUCAGAACCGUGAACGCCGACGCCUCGCUGCUCCCGGACCACGUCCUCAUCUACCGCUUCAACAGCAGCGAGGACAAGGGCGGCGUCUGCUCCGAGUCGCUCGCCGCGCUCAUGGCUGUUGACCUGAAGCUAACGUACGACCCGUGGGCUUUCAUCGGGCCGGGCUGCUCCUACACCUCGUCGCCCGUCGGCCUCUUCACCACCCACUGGGACGUUCCCAUGGUUACAGCGGGCGCCUCGGCGGUCGCCUUUGACGGCGGCGUCUACCCGUCCAUCACCAACACGGGCCCGACGCACAAGAAGCUCGGGAAGUUCGCCCUGCGGAUCUGCGAGCACUUCGGGUGGCGGGAACACGUGAUGCUCAUUUUCAGCGACAAAAAGGAAGACGACCGGCCGUGCUACUUUGCGGUCGAGGGUUUGCACGCGGAGCUGGAGAGCAUCAACAUCACGCUGGAGGAGCGAGUGUUCGCGGAGAACAAACCGGUCAACUACUCGCAGAUCAUCCUCGAUAUCCAGAACGAUGGCCGAGGGGGAAGUCCAUGGAAAUUCUGUGAAAAAAGCCUAGCUGCAGCGGCUGCAGAGACCCCAACAUGCCGGGAGUGCAGAACAAAAGGGUUGAAUACAGAGUCAAUCUAGGCAACUCUUCCCAGAUCAUCACAGAGACGAAGAGGUGGGGUACACGAGACAAAGAGGUACACGAGAUAAAGAGGUGG